AUGGCACCUUCACUCGUCACUAUCGACGCCUCGGAGCCUCUCGACAAGAUUCUCAAGAUCAUCGAACAAGAUGGCGGAGUUAUAGUCUCGAACUUCCUCUCACCUGAGUUACUCAAGGAGUCAAUGACAGCCAUCGAGCCUCAUUUCGCUGGUCGCAAGCUAUACACCUCGACCUCUACGCACGAUGAGCUUGGCGCCGAUUUCUUCCCUGAAGGCUCACAGAGAGUCUAUGGACUGCUUGGCAAGAUGCCUGAACAAAUCAUCAAAAUUAUGCGUCUUCCAGUCUGGCAAGGCAUCAUGGCACACUUCUUGAACGACGAGUUUUCGUCAUACACAGGCGAUAAACUGGUUCCGCAAAAGAGUGGCUAUGUAUUGGCGUCCACAGCUGCACUACGUCUUGUCCCAGGUGCAAAGCCACAACCUCUCCACAGAGACCAAAUCGCGUACCAAACUCGACCAGACCCGAGCAACCCACUCUUCACUCCUAUCUUUGGAUGCUUGAUCGCUGGCUCCAAUUGUACAUACAAGAACGGGGCCACGGCUGUCAUCCCAGGCAGUCACCUCUGGGGUUCUGAUCGGGCUCCGAAGCCCGAAGAGUGUACUUAUGCUGAAAUGGAGCCAGGCUCCGCACUGUUCACUCUGGGAUCUACUUAUCAUGGUGCUGGUGAGAACAAGUGUGACAGGUCUGAUCCAGAUGCGUUACGCACUCUGUUCGCAUGUUUUGCCCAACGUGAUUAUUACCGUCUAGACCAGAACGAAGUCCUCAGUACACCUAUCGAAAUCGCACGGAAUCUUCCAGAUGAUAUCCUCAGAAUGGCGGGAUACUAUAAGGCAGUUAGUGGUGUUGGUUACGUCGAGGAUCACCAGAACCCAGUCGAGUUCAUGCAGAGAGACGAGAAUGGCAUUGGUAAGUUUGGUUCAGCCAGUAAGAACCUGGCAGUCUGA